CGUAGAUAACACACGAACGGUAAACAGUUCAGGCAGUGGCCGCAAGAGCGUUACAAGUGGGUACCUACUUGUUGUCCGGCAGAGUGGGGCGACCGCGUGCGCCUCGAAUCAGUUGUGUCACCGAUCUCCGUCCGCCUAGCACGUCGUUCCACCGCCAAACGAUCAGAGUUCCCCACCGCCUUUUCACUGCCUGAUCAUUUUGACGACGCCGAACGACAAUUUACUACGACAGAACAUUAUAAACACAAAGCUGAACAUCAUGAACGACUCCUCCUCCGAAGACGAGAGGAUCGAACGAAUCUUAAGGAACGAAAGAGGGGAAGACUAUGUCGACGAGGGAAUCGUCACUAGCGUAGGCUAUUUUGACACCGAAGACAUUAUCAUCGACCGGACGUAUCCACUGCCGAGCAGACCACGUUAUCAAGUGUUGUAUUCGUCGGACGAGGAAGACGAGGAAGAAGCUGCUAGAGGCGGCCGACAACUAUAUGACAUGUAUCCUCACCACGUGAAGAACGUGUCCCGCGGGGACGACGACACCUGCGGUUCAACACUUAGAAAUAUUUUCAUGAACACACGCAUGAAUGGCGAAGGUAUUCCUAAUGUAGAAAUUUCGAGACCAGAGAGAAUUAUUGGCAUGGGUGUCAGAGGAGGACAAAAUAUAUUCUACUUUGUGGUGUGGGAGGAGACCGGAAGAGAUUCUUAUCCGGUUAAUGAAAAUGUAAUGAGAUGGAAAUUCCCGGAAUUGGUAAUAGAAUUCCACGAAGACAUGGUAUUAAAUCCUACAAGAUAUGUAGAAUUGUAA